AUGACACACACUUUUUCUUUACUUGUUUCUUAGCUACUUAUCUUCAUCUUCAAGAUUCUUCAAUUCCAUCCUCACAACCAUAACAAUUAUAUAAAAAAUCUACAAAAAACAAACACAACAUAACCAUCAAUAUCACCAUGCCUAGAAACAGAACAGCAUGGUGCUAUUCUUUCUUAGUUACACUAUUAAUCAAACUCAGCAUUAUUUCUUCUUUUUCUCAUAAACUACCAACACCACCACCAUUGCCAAUUCUGCCACUCCCAUCAUAUUCACAGUUAAAAUGGCAACAAAGGGAGAUCAUAAUGUUCCUCCACUUUGGAGUCAACACAUUCACAGAUAGAGAAUGGGGAACAGGCCAUGAAAACCCUGCAGUAUUCAACCCUUCUGGACUCAACACAAAACAAUGGGCCAAGGUGGCAGCAGAGGCAGGAAUCUCAUUGAUGAUACUAACUGCAAAGCACCAUGAUGGCUUCUGCCUCUGGCCUUCAAAGUACACUGACCAUUCUGUCAUUAACAGUCCAUGGAAAUCUGGCAAUGGUGAUGUGGUUCAAGAAUUUGUUGAUGCUGCCACACUGCAAGGAAUCGAUGUAGGGAUCUAUCUUUCGCCGUGGGAUAGACACGAGCCGCGCUACGGCCAUGAUGUUGCCUACAAUGAAUACUACUUGGCUCAACUGCAAGAGUUGCUCAACAAGUACAAAAAUGUUAGAGAAAUAUGGUUUGAUGGAGCAAAGGAUCCAAAGUCACAGAAUGUGUCAUAUUAUUUCUCAGAUUGGUUCUCAAUGGUGAAGGAGUUGCAGAGUUCCAUCAAUAUCUUCUCUGAUGCUGGUCCUGAUGUUAGGUGGGUGGGAGAUGAAACAGGAAGUGCUGACUACACUUGUUGGUCUACCAUUAACCGAACUUCUCUAUCAAUUGGAGCCCCAAACAUCUCUCAAUACCUAAGCACUGGUGAUCCAAGAGGAACAGACUGGCUACCAGCUGAAUGUGAUGUUUCAAUUAGGCCAGGGUGGUUUUGGCACAAAUCAGAAUCACCAAAAAGGCUAAGUGAACUUCUUGACAUUUAUUACAAUUCAGUGGGGAGGAACUGUGUGUUACUUCUAAAUGUACCUCCAAAUACAACUGGCCUUGUAUCUGAUGAUGAUGCUCAUAGAUUAAAAGAGUUUAGAAAGGCAAUCAACACAAUCUUCAAUAAAAAUCUAGCUGAGGAUUUUUACAUUAAGGUUAGUAGCCAAAGGAGUGCAGAAUUUGGGCCAGAAAAGUUGCUAGAUAAGGACCACUUAUGGUCAUAUUGGGCACCAAGUGCUGAUGAUGGUGAAAAGGAUCACUGGAUUGAAAUUUGGACCAAUGAUGGAGGGUUGAGAUUCAAUGUGAUUAGGGUGCAGGAAGCAAUUGGACUUGGUCAGCGGAUCCAACGGCACGAAAUCUAUGUGGAUGGUAAAUUGAUGAUCCAAGGGACAACUGUGGGAUACAAGAGGCUUCAUAGGCUUGAUGUAGAUGUGGUGCAUGCACGUCUUGUGAGGAUUAAGAUCACAAAGGCAAGAGGGUUGCCCUUAAUUUCUUCUAUUGGAUUGCAUUUUGAUCCUUAUUGGCAUUCUAAGUUUACUGCCAACUGAAAAGCCAGAUUCUAGAACACAGUAGAAUGAAUGAAUACGUUGGAGAACAAUAUAAACAUGUGCUUCAAUUUAUUUUUAUUAUUUUAACUGCAACUUCCAAGUUCCAAUGUUGUCAUAGGCUGUUGAAAUUUGAAUAACAAUAAGAAAACAA